UUAACAUGAUUAAAGCGACAAGAAGUAAAAUAUAAAUAUAUACUAUUAUAAACUCUAAUAACAGAAAAAACUAAACAAUCUCACAAUCUCACCCGAAAAUCUCAUUCAAGAUCUCUCUGGCUCACCCUUUUUUCCCUAAUUUCAAUCACAAUCUUUUGCUCAACCCAAAACCCUAAUAUCAAUUUGAUUCUUGCACCAAUCAAAUUCAGUUCCUUCCGAUCUUAUUAUUAUGUCACAAGAGGAGAUAGCGAGGGAAGCUAUAAAGCACGCAUUGAAGGCGUUGAAGAAACGGCAUUUAGUCGAAGAAGGAGCUCAUUCUCCCGCCUAUAUUGCUCUUUCUCGGCCAAUCAUUUCCCAGGGUUCGGAAUGGAAAGAGAAAGCCGAAAAUUUGGAAGUGGAACUUCAGCAAUGUUACAAAGCGCAAUCGAGAUUAUCUGAGCAAUUAGUGGUGGAAGUAGCCGAGUCUAGAGCUUUAAAAGCUUCUCUCCAAGAGAAAGAAACAGCAAUUGCUGAAUUGGAGAAGGAGUUGAACCAAACCAGGAAUGAAUGCUCUCAAUUAAAGACAGAUUUAGAAGAAAAGGUUAAAACGCUGGAAUUGGUGAUGAGCGAGCACCAGGAACUCAAAGCUCAACUAGAACAACUGACUAUUAAAGCUAAAAAUGCGGAAGCUGAAAAUAAGAUGUUAGUCGAUCGUUGGAUGCUUCAAAAGAUGCAGGAUGCUGAAAAACUUAAUGAGGCAAAUGCACUUUAUGAAGAUAUGAUUGACCGGCUCAAGGCCAGUGGUUUAGAAAAACUUGCCCGAGAGCAAGUAGAUGGUAUUGUCCGUAGAAGUGAAGAAGGUGCUGAGUUUUUUGCGGAAUCAAUCGUUACCUCUGUUUGCAAGCACAGGAUCAAUGCCCACGAAGGUGGUUGUGCUUCUAUACUGUUUGAGUACAAUUCUGGCAAAUUGAUCAGUGGAGGACAGGAUCGAUCAAUCAAAAUGUGGGAUACCAGCACUGGAUCAUUAAGUCAUAGUCUUUUUGGCUGUCUUGGUUCUGUCCUUGAUCUUGCAAUUACCCAUGACAAUAGAUUCAUAAUAGCAGCAAGUAGUUCAAACAACUUGUUUGUAUGGGAUGUCAACUCAGGACGAGUCUGUCAUACUCUUACUGGUCACACGGAUAAAGUGUGUGCUGUAGAUGUGAGCAAGGUUUCAAGUCGUCACGUUGUGAGUGCAGCUUAUGAUCGUACCAUAAAAGUGUGGGAUUUGCAGAAAGGCUACUGCACAAACACAAUAAUAUUUCACAGCAACUGCAAUGCUCUUUGCUUCAACACAGAUGGACUGACCAUAUGCUCAGGUCAUGUCGAUGGGAAUCUUCGGUUGUGGGAUAUUCAGACAGGAAAGUUGCUUAGCGAAGUCGCUGCACAUUCACUUGCUAUUACAUCUCUCUGUCUGUCCCGCAAUGGAAAUGUAAUAUUGACUAGUGGCAGGGAUAAUUUGCAUAAUUUAUUUGAUAUUCGAUCCUUGGAAGUUUGUGGUACAUUCAGAGCAACUGGAAACAGAGUGGCAUCAAACUGGAGUCGCUCCUGUAUGAGUCCAGACGGCAAUUAUAUUGCUGCUGGCUCUGCUGAUGGAUCCAUACACGUUUGGUCAAUCUCCAAAGCUGACAUAGUAAGCACUUUGAAGGAGCACACUGCUCCUGUCCUUUGUUGUGCCUGGAGUGGACUUGGAAAACCAUUAGCCUCGGCCGAUAAGAAUGGGAUUGUCUGUACCUGGACAUGACAUGAUCCGCAGUUUGUGCAUGGAAUGGAGUUGGAAAACCAUCAUGGAUAGUUGUACAUAUGUCAAUAACCAUUUUUUUCGGAAUGUCAACUAUAAUAAUGAUUAGCAACGAAUGUCAAAACAGUUUAACUUUUGUUUUGUUAUUUAAAAAUUCCACUAUACGUUCUGAUUGUAA